AGGCUUCUGUAAAAAAAAAAAUUGAAUAAAUUUGGUGUUCUUCACCAUUACACAUCAUACGCUCUCCCCCCCCCCCCCCCCGCCCCCCCUCUCUCUCUCUAGGGUUCGAUCAGAAUCAAGGGUUUAAGCCGCCAUGGGAAAAAGGAAGGCAAAGGCAAAGCCUCCUCCAAAGAAGCGAAUGGAUAAGCUCGAUACUGUCUUCAGCUGCCCUUUCUGCAAUCAUGGCAGCAGUGUCGAAUGCCGCCUUGACAUGAAGAACUUGAUAGGGGAAGCUAUCUGUGGGAUAUGCCAAGAGAGCUUUAGCACUACAAUCACAGCUUUAUCAGAGCCAAUAGACAUAUACAGUGAGUGGAUUGAUGAAUGUGAACUGGUGAACCACCCGGAUGAUGAUGGUGCUGAGCACUGAUGCUCAGAUUCCUGUUCUUGUGGUUGUCAAAAUGGAUUAACUGGCCAAUUUUAUAUCUUAAAAGUUCAACCUGUAACUAUGUCAGUUCCUGAUGUGAGCACUGGUGCAACUAUAUGAUCCAUGUAAUAGCUUAGUUAUGUAAUAGCAUGUGCAAGAACAUGAGAAUAAUUGUCCUUUUUAGAUGAAGCCACCUGGAUUAGAAGCUAGUCUGUAAUAUCUAAUACUAUUAUACUGUUUCUGUAUGUGUGCUGGUUGCAUAUGUAAAGAGUGUUUUUCUUAUCCUUUGGAAGUGACAUGGAAGAAAUGACAGAGGAAGGGAAAAUAGAAAAUAAAUAUUAUUUUUUC